UGAGCACUUCCAAGUAGGGAGCAUUGCUGGUGUUUGCGUUUGCGUAGCAAAAUUAUUUCGUUUCUGUAAAUUACUAAAUUAUUGAUCGAGUUGAAUAAUAUUAUUUUAUUGAGUUUUACAGCUUCUUGUCUACACAUUUAUUAUACAGUUAAGCUUCACAUUUCAUCAUUAUACUACAUCAUUUAUUAUUAAAUAAGUAAUUUUUUUUCUGUUAAACAUCUAGGCGAAGUAACCUAACUUAAAAACAACACCCAUCUAUUAUAUCUAAUAUUUAUUAUUUUUUGUGGCAAUGGGUCUGUGUAAAUGUCCAAAACGUAAAACUACUAGCCAUUUUUGUUUUAAGCAUUGUGUUAAUGUUUGUGAACAUUGUAUUAUCAAUAAUCAUUCAACGGUAAUUAUGACUUCUAUUAAAACAUUAAUUUAUUGUUCAGAAAUUUAACACUUUAUAAUUUAAAUUUUUCUUUAGUGUGUUGUUAAAACUUAUACCACAUGGUUAAAAGAAGCUAGUAGUGUUUCUUCGUCAUCAGUUUCAGCUUCUGCCGUAUGUGCUGUUUGUCAACAAAUUUUAAUUCCAAAAGAAACUGAACAUCCAAUGACGACUGGGAUGAAUAGUCCCAGGAGUUAUCCAAAAACUUCCAUUCGUCUUUUAUGCUAUCGUAUGUAUCUAUAUAAUUUCUAUGAAUAGUAAUUUGUUUUAAAUUUCAAGUUGAUAUGCUUAAUUUACAUAAAUUCAACUUCCCAUACUACUGUAUAAAUAUACUUUAUUGUAUAAUAGUAAACAUAAAUUCAUGUCACUGAUGAAUUACAAUAAUACAUUUUUUUUUUUUUAUUUAAGCCAUUUUAGCUUAUUUUAACCAUUAAGUACAUCAUAAAUGUUAUGAUUUUACUCUAUAAUUUAAUACUAAUAAAUAUCACAAAAAAAAAAAUAUAAAAUGUAUAAAUUAAUACUACAAUGAUGUGCUAGAAUACACUUUAUCACGCUCCUCACAAAUUUAAUUUAAUUUUUUUUUUAACACUGAUUUAGAAACUGUUUAAAUAUUUUCACGGGAACCAUUAUUAAAGAAGUUUUUCCAAAAAAAAACUUUGAAUUUUCAAAUUCCAUGUUUACUAAUAAAAUUUUUAAGGUUUUUUUGACGCCGAAGAUUAUGAUGCAAUCAAAGUUUUUUAUUUAUAAAUAUUUUAGAAGUUAUAGCAAUAAAUGUUCUAAGAUUAUCAGCCCAAAUGAACAUUACGAGGGAGUGACCUCGCCAAAUCUUUAGGUAUACACAAAAUGCAUUUGUUUUUUCUCUUGUACCUACCCGACGUGAUUUUGCACAACAAAUCUAUGUUAUUUUUAAUUAAAACUGUACAAAGUUUUAAAGAUUUUUUACUUUAAUUGCUUUAAUAUAAUAAUGGUUCUAACAAAUUACUGUUAAUAUUUUCAAAAUAGGUGACCAAACGAACAUCUUUUAGAAAAAAAAUUUUAAAAUACAGAUUUUUGAAAAUUUAAAAUGUCUAAAAAGUUUUUUUUGUCAUAAUUUCUUUAAUAAUGGUUUCUACGAAAAAUUCAAACAGUUUUAAAAUCAGUGUUCAUAAAAACAUAUUAGAGAAAAAAAUUUGUGAGGAAUGUGGUAAAGUGCAUUUGAUCCCAAUAAAGAUUAACAUAAAUAAAUAAUUUAUAGGUAUCUACUUGAAUAUUAACUGAUAUUUAAUAAUAAAACCUAAUUUAUAAAUGAUUUAAAAAAUAUUUAAUUAUUUAUGUCUACUGUUAUUAUUUACAGAUGCAGUUCAUGUACAUUGUUUGUCUGUUUAUGUAAAAAAGCAAUUAAAAGAAGGUAACAUUUUAAAAUGUCCUUCAUGUACACGAUCUUUAUGGUUUCAAAAUACUGAAUCAGAUUUAUUCAACACUACAGAAGUCGAUUAUAAUGAAUUGCCACCUGUUGCAUUAGCCCUGUAUAAACAUUUAUUAAAUUAUGGUGAAUGGUGGGGUAAGAGUAUAAUCACAAAUGAAAAAGUAUGUUAUAUAAAUGCCUAUGUUAAAUAUUAUUAUGUUGUUAUUUGUUUAAUACAGAAAUAUUAAUAACUUAUGUAUUUCGAAGGUGGAAGACAUUGAAAAAUAUUUUCUUCAAGACGAUGAAAAUGUUUCUGAUAGAAAAACACAAAAAUUGUUUGAGAGUCAGCCAAUAUUAGAAACUGACCAACAGUUUAAUGCUAUCUCAAAUAAUACAUCUCCAUUGACAUUACCUCAAACUGCUGUUGUAUCAUCAAAUAGUAAUCAGCCAAUCUAUCAUAGGCAUUUCAAUAGUAAUAAUUAUGGUAUAUGAUUUUAUUUAAAACUAAAUAUGGAAUUUGUCAGUAUUUGAUAUUUGCAAUCUCUAUUGUUAAGCUAUAAUUUUCAAAAUCUUUGUAUUAGAUGAAAAAUAAGAACUCUAAAUUAAGAAUAUUCAUGAGUAGUAGUAUUCAAUUUUGUUAGAAACAAUAUGAUAAUUUUUUUAAAUUUUAUUACAUACAAUCUAAAUAAUUUUACAAUAAGCAUUUUUGAGGAUUUAUGUAUAUUGGCUUGAUAAAGCAAUAUGAUACUUGAAAUAUUUUAAAGAAAUAUUUUUUUAAUAUUAUAUUUGAUAAUUAUUAUUUAUUGAUUUGGUUUUUAGCAGUAAAUGCAACAUGAUUGUUAAAAGGUCUGAUGAGUACUUUGUUUUAGAAGAUCAUUAUCACCCACCCUUAGUUUUUGAAAUUGUUUUAACUCCCAUUCUGAAUAAAGCCCGAUUCACACUUGUCAGACACGUACAGACAGACACCAUAUUGUUCCGCAAAAUAUUUUAAUAUGUGUUUAAAUAUAGGUAAUUCACAUUUAAACUUUAUGUCCGUUAAUAUACAUACCGAUCCAACAUUGUUGGUUCAACAUUCCGCUCGAGAAUGUUUCGUCGGAAUGGCCCGUGUUUGAACGGGUCGGAACACAUCUGACUGAUAAGUGUGAAUAAACAACAGACAAAUUUUAUCCGUGUCUGCCGUCAUUCCCUGGCACACCAUUCGGUAAACACUAUCAUAUUUUCUUACUAUUUAUUUAAAUUUUUAAAUUAAAUUAAUAUUUCCAUGAACUUAUAGUUAUUAAUUGAAAUUUUGACAUGCGGAAAUAUUUAAAAAACUUUUCUUUGUGGUCAGUUAACUUUUAUACAAAGUAACAAAUUCACCUUUGAUGUGCCGUUCUAACAAAAUUUCAUGAACCCAUGUUCUUCAUAUAUUUUUUGUUUCUCUUUCUCUAGAGCAAUAGCAAUCAUUGCCAAAUCGCAAACAUAUUUCAAAUAGUACAAGUUGUUGAAAACGAAAUGAUGUUGGAAUGAAAGUGUAAGUACAGUAUGUCUGUGGGAAUAGUAUGGUAGGGUGUCUGACAAGUGUAAAUCAAGCUUAAUUGCUUCUUUGAUUUUAACAGAGUUGAUUACUUAAAUAUUUAACAAUUCUUAUUAUCUUACAAUUUAUGUGAUACUAUUACCUCAUUAAAUGCAAAUGAGGUCACUAAUGUUUUGUAUAAUGCUCUUCACUUUUGUAUUAUUAGUUUUGUACCACAGAUUGAUUUCAAGAAGUCUAAAUUUUCCCAAUGAUUUUCUAGUGAUCUUAAUCAAAGAAAUCUUAUGAAAGCUACAUUAAACGAGUUAAACCAUCUUUUUGUAACAAUUCCAAAUCUUUUUGGGUUUUUGUGCGAAAAAAAUAAUAGUUAUCAACAUGCCAUCUAUUGUUAAACUGAAUGAUAUUUCCAGUAUUGAUAGAACUACUACAUGCGAGCACAUUCUCUACACAUUUUAGCUCAGAUUUUUCGCCUGAAGACAUCAAUGUUGAUUUCAGUAGUUCUGAUUAUUUGCCAUAUGAGCUUCCUUCUUGCAAUAUUAGUCUAAUUAAUGUUGAAUCUAGUUGGAUCAGAUGACCUUUCAGGUUCUUUUAUUUUUAAUCUUAGAUCUGUUUUGUGUUUUCUACUAUUAUUUUUAAAAAAUCGUUAUCUGAAGGUGUUCCCUGAUGGAUGGAAAAUUAGCUUGGUAACUCUGAUCUUUAAGUUUUUUUUUUUUUUUUUUUAUUUUUAAAAAGUAAUACACAAUCUGUAGAUUCAAUUUUUUAUAAUAAGCGUAUGGGCGAUAAGUUAUUUUAGCGUGAAUUGACCGAUAAAAGAAGCCACCUAGCGAUGACACUUAAUAGCUUGACUAGUUAUUAAUUAAUGGUUAAUACAGGUUGCCGAGGUCUCUGCACCAACGGCGAGCUAGUCGUCUAGGGGGAUUUCCAGGAAUAGUAUUUGAGUUGAGAUCUCUUAUAAGAGGAUUUGGGUGGUUGACUAGGCGGGAUCGGAAUCGUUUGUAAAAGAGAGAUGCAGUUUUGGAUAGGUUGGAUUGGAUAGGUGUUGAUGUAAAGAUCAGAGUGUAAUGUGUGAUUAGAGACAUAAUAGGGUGCGCCCGUUAUUAGGCGGAGCGAGGUAGACUGGAAUGCUUGGAUUUUGUUAAUGUUUGAUGGCUUGGCUGUUCCCCAUACUUGUAUACCGUGAAUAAAAUAAUAGAACCAAAUAAUACAAUUCUAGUAAAAAAAGAUAUGUAAUAGAAGAUACCAAACAUUAGGUUGUAUUGAAGGUUGAUCUGUUGAAAAGGUGAAUGUGCUAGAUGUAAUUAAAUAACUUUUUUAAGCAAAACAAGUCAAACGGCGCUGCUUUUCUACAAUUUAAUCUGUUUUCAAGCUGAUAUCAGUGUUGAAAGAAAAAUUAAUUAUGAUAUUAUUCUUCUUCUUCUUGUCGUGUUGAUCUUCAUAUUCCCUUCCCUUCCCAGUAAGCAGCAAUUUGUAUUUCCCAGUAAGCNGUUAAUAACAUUUUGUACAGGUUUAAUUUAUUUUUUAGAUUAAUUUUUGAAUUUUUAUUUAAUAAAAAAUAGAGGUUUCUGUGUCUUUGGUUGAGUAAUAGUCUCUUAAUUUUUAUAUGGUGGGCCCAGGUGAGUCGCUUGUCGAGAUACAUACCCAAGUACCGGGCAUUUGAAGUGAUCUUUAAGUCAGGUAACAUUAUUGAUUUCAUUAAUUUAAGGCCAACUUUCUGUUCCGGAUACUCUUUCCUUUCCUUAUUCCUUUUAGCCAAUGUAAUUAUUUGACUAAUCACUCUAUUGUCCAGAUGAUGAAACUGGCCAAUGGCGAUCCACUAUUUCUUAGUUUCUAGCGUAAAAUUAUUAUCUGUUUAAUCUUAAAUAUUGUAAACAUUUUUGUUAAUUAUUAUGUAAUUCUAUACAAUUUUAUUGGGCUCACCCCAUUUUAAAUAUAAAAUAAAUUAUUAGACAAUUUUCCUAUUAGGAAGUAUAUUAAUAAUUAAUUAUUUUAAAAUAUUUGGUUUUUCGUCUGCUAAUUUAAAUUAUAAAUAUUAUAUCCAAAAACUUAAAAAAAUAUUUAAAUAGGUUAUUAAGUGAAAGUGAUACUUAAAAUCCUAGUUAAAUAAUUUUUUUGUUAAUCAUGUAUUUUAUUAGUAAAAAUCAAAUUAUAAAAAUAUAAUGAUAUUUAGGUAUAGACAUUGAAUUGCCACAAGAACAGCGAUAUUCUUCAAUUAACAUGACAAAUUUGCAAAGUUCUGAUUUGAGUAAUAGGUACACCGUACCAUAUGCUACUCCAUUGUUAACAGAUACAGAUAACAAUUUAAAAGAAAAAAAAGAAAAUGAAGACCCCAGUGGAAAAAAGAGACCUAAAAAAUUUAAAAAUCCAUCUUGGAAUUGUAGUUACCAAUGCUUAAGGCAAUUGUAAGUCAAACACAAAUAUUUGUUAUUUAACUAGGAAUGUAGAAUUCUAUUUUUCUUAGCUAUUUAAUCAAAAUAAUUAAAAUGUGCUUAGUCAAAUAUUAAUAUUUCCAUUUAUUGAGAUGUUCCAUCUAAUCAACAUAUUAAUCUAGAGUAUUUUGAUUAUCCUAAGAAAGUCCAAAUUUGAUUUAACAAAAAGUUUAUAUAGUUCAAGGAAUUUACUUUAUUUUAAUAACAAUACAAUAUAUAUAUAUUAUAAUAAAUAAUAUUUAUUUUUUUUAGUUUAAGACGACCUGCUUUAGAAAAUGGUAAUACAACACUCAUAAUUGUAAUUAUUGUGUGUGUUUUUACCAUUGCUGUUUUGAUGGUAGUAAUAACUGAUUAUACAACUGCAGCUGUUGAACCUUUAAAUAAAAAUAGCAUUGAUUAUGGCGGUGAUGAUUCAGAUACUGCCACCAAUUUAAAUAGCUAUAAUAAUAUUUUGUAAUUUUUUAUAAUUAUCACAUUAAAAAUUUUGAAUAAUUGAUUUUGAUUAAGUUACAUUAAUUUAUUACUUAAUAUGUGUGUAUUGUAUAAUAUUUUAAUUAACUGCUCAUUAUUUCACAAUUUUUAUUAUAAUUACUUCCUAUAUUGUAUAUAAGAAAUUUAUUUAAGUUAUUUGUUUAUAUAAAAUUCAAUUGCUUAUUAAAAAUUAUUAAUAUCUAUAUAAUAUAUAAUAUAUAACUAUCUAUUUUAUUUGUAACAAAAAUAAAACUAAUUGGUGCUUAGUAUUAAUCACAGAUUGCUAUUAGUAGAUAAUAGCAAUAGUGAUUAGAUUUAUAGUAUAUAAUAGAUAGUGCAUGGGGCUGAAACAUGUCAAGAUGCAUAGUAUUGUAGUGUUAUAUAAAAUUAAUUAAGCUCAGCUGAUAUAUUAAAACCCUAUUUCUGGGUUUAUAAAUAUCUACUUUAUCAUUCCUUAAGUUAAGGCUGUAAAAAAAAAAAAAAAAUGUAUUUUGUGUUUUAUGUUACUUACCAUGUAUUAUAAUAUUACAUUCAUAUAUUACACACACAUAAUAUUCAGUUUAUAUUGUUUAUAAAUUAAAAAUAUUGUAUAAUAUUGAAAUUAUAUAUUUAUUGAUUAUUUUAUUAAUAUUACAUUAAUUUUCACAAAAUGGAGUUAUUCUGAUCUUUGUUAUUACAAUUAUAUAAAUUAUUUAGAAAACCUAGUAAUUCAAUCUGAUUGACAUGAAUGUAAUUAUUAUCUACCAAUGUUUUUAAUAAUGUAAAAUAAUGUAUGUUAUAUUAAUUUCCCAAUUAUAAGUAAAAAAUAUUAAAUACACUAAAUAAAAUAGAAUCAAAUAUUAUUGUGGUUAAAUAGAAUUGAAACAAUUGUUUACUAAUUUAAAUUUGUUUUUUGAGACUUCAAAGAUUAAAAUAUAAUCUUAAAAAUACCUUCCUG